ACAAUCUCACUGAGUGUUUUAUUCUUAUUUUUCCAGUCCUCGGUCUCAUGGCACGCCCAGCAGCGGCCUCCAGAAAAUGCCCGAGGUAAACUCAGACAUGAGGAGCGAGUAAUGCGAAAGCAUCGUAUCUAGUCUACGUUAUUGUCCCUGUUGCCAUGGUCGAUGAUAGUGAAUCGAGGCUGACUCUGCGCCGAUCUCUAAUCGAGGAGAGCGACUUUCCGCACGUUUCCCUUAUUGACUCUCGAGCGGUCAAAAGAGCCUGUACGAUAAACUUUUUCAGUCAACAUGCAAACUGCCACGCAUGAUGUAACUAAGAACGAGAAAGCCGAAGACGCUAGUUUUAUCGCCGGAACUUUCUACGGCGUGCUCGCCAAGGCUCCAUUUCUUAGACCAGCUGUCAGUGCGCUGGUCCGACAUAGAACUACUGGGACGCAAAAGAACGAGCAGUGGCUGUACAUGGUGAUCAUGUACCUCCUCGUCUUCAAGAUUGACGAAAUAGGCUAUCAAACAUUUGCCGGUCUCGUCCGGAGCUGUCCUGCACUUCCCAUGUACCUGUUGCUGGAAUUCUUGUUCAACGAGGAAGCCCUCACGAGCGCAGCACGCACUGGUUGGCUACGACACUACGAUGCUGCAUACGUUGACCAAGUGCUCGUACCGCAGACACAGAAGCACGCAGAGCCUUUGUCGGGUCUGGUGGAGUCGUUGAGAAAUCUCAGCAUGACCGCUGCAGCAGGGUCUGCUAACAAAACAAAGUCCAAUGCGCUGAACCGGGGCGAAUCAUCAUGUGCCCACAAGAAUAUCAGUGACUUGGGCAAAUUAUCAAGGCUCUUAGCCGACUCCGGCUACGUCGAGGACGCCGAACAGGUUUCAACAGUUGGUCAUCAGGAUCAAGACGUUCACUCGUGUUCUUACAGCGAGAAUGCAACACUGCCGCAACCGUGGUCAGCCGGGACUAGAGCGGCGAUCUACGAUCGAAAAGAUCCUCCUGCCUCCUCUGUUCAUUCUGGCGAGAAGAAACCUGCAAACUCGACGCCCCGUUUUCCUUCGCCAACUCAGACGACACGGAAAAAGUACGGACAGAAGAAUGGAACUCCGAAGUCUCUCGGCUCGAAGGGAACGACGGGGGAAGGAUUUUAUCGACAAUCCGGGGAAGGGAGUGUCAAUAGGCAGCAGCAGCAGCAACCGGCAAACGGUCCUGAGAUGGCGGCGGGGUACCCACUUGCUCAAGCAGGCGCACCGUGCCUCAGUGGUGAUCCACAUGGGCCGCUUACUGAGACCGAAACUGGAAUUCUGUUGAAAGCUGAGGAGAAAGAAGCAAUUUCAGAGGAGGCAAAAGAAGCAGAGAAGGAAGAGGACGAGGAAGAAGAAGAGGACCUCUGGCCGAAAGAUGUCGACGGCGAAGAAUCAUUUUUUGGUCGAAAGACAGAGCGCGAGAAACAGGAGCUACCAAAGCAGCAGGCAGGUGAUUCUUCGAAGCUGUUGGAAUUAUUGUCGGAAGAAUGGGGAUGA